CUCAGAUUUCAACAAACCCCACUACUACUAGAAAGUGAAAAUGGCAGCCGCAGCAGCACCGCCACCGUCCCCAUCUCCGGCACCGAUCCUUAACAUGACGCUACCAGAGAACCAUCCGGUAGGAAAUCCGAUAUUCUCAAGGAUUCGAUUAGCGAACCAAUUAGACGUUCCCCACAUCCACAAACUAAUUCACCAGAUGGCCGUCUUCGAGCGCUUAACCCAUCUCUUUUCCGCCACCGAAUCGUAUCUCUCCGCCACUCUCUUCAACCAAACUUCCCCUCCCUUCACUUCCUUCACAGUCUUCAUCCUCGAAGUUUCCUCCAAUCCAUUCCCUGCCGACGACGCCACCGCCGCCUUCUCUCCGAUUCUCAAAACGGUUAACCUAGAUCUCCCAAUCGCGGAUCCCGAAACCGAAGCAUUCAGAUCUCUGGGAAACGACGUCGUGGUUGCCGGAUUCGUGCUGUUCUUUCCGAAUUACUCUUCGUUCCUUGCGAAGCCAGGGUUCUACAUAGAGGAUAUUUUCGUUAGAGAGUGCUAUAGGAGAAAAGGAUUCGGGAAAAUGCUUCUGUCGGCGGUGGCGACUCAGGCGGCGAAGAUGGGUUACGGACGUGUGGAAUGGGUGGUGCUUGAUUGGAAUGUUAACGCUAUUAAUUUCUAUCAGGGAAUGGGUGCUCAAAUCUUGCCGGAAUGGAGAAUCUGUAGACUCACCGGCGAUGCUCUUCAAGCUUAUCAUCACAAUCCCUGAAAAUGCCUUUUUCAAUAAAUUUCUCAUCUUCUUAUUCCCUAAGAAAUAGGGUUUUGAGAUUAAUUCAUGCUUGAUUGUACCCACUCUCCUACUAACUUAUUUCGAACUAUGUUUUUAAUAAAUUUACA